AGAAAUAAAACUAGGUUUUCAAAUUUCUCCGGCGUAGUGUGUACGGGGCCUCAGUUGGAGAUUAACCUGUGAAAAUUUUCAGCGAUGAAACCAGCGUUGAGUAGUGAAAUUCUUAAUCGAAGUAUUUAGCCAAUCAAACCUUGUGUCUCCAGAUCCACCUUUUCCUCGUGCCAAGGCCCCGCCGGCUGAGAGGGACAGGGAACAGCUCUCUCAAAAUUCGUUGCCAUGGAGACAGGAACGCGCUUAUGAGUAACAGCCAUCAGUUAUUUUCCAUUUAACAAAGAAAACUUAAAAAUUUUGCCCAUAGAUUUCGAUGUUUAUUACUAUAAUUAUCGUUUAUAUUUUCAAGAGACGAUGAUCUUAGAGUUAUCUCAGGAUAUUUUCCCAGAUGUAAAUUUUAACCUGAAAUGUUUCAGAUCUAAAGUACGUCCUUAGCCUGGUACGCGUCAAUAUGCGAAUUCUGUACAUUCAGCGAUAAUUUACCUGUUAAUGUUUAGACCCAGUAAUUAUCUCCAUGAAAUAAUUCAAUUUCAUGGUUUACUUUACCAGAAAUAAACCCCCCUUUGCGUUGAAUUUAUGAAUUGCAGGUUGUGAUACAAGAAAAUUUACCCUUAAAAUAUUUCUUCUUAGACAAUUUUGAAGGCGUUUCUUCUCUACCGUGAUUUCAGCCCAGUUUUCUGUUUGAGUUAUGGCGAUCCGGGCGUUUUUGCGCUUCUGGCGCAAGAUAUCUCUGCGAUUUUUCGAUUUGCUGUGCGGUCAAUGUGCGCGGUUCGCACGAUAAAUGCUUGGUUGGUCUAUAGAUGGGAUUAAGGUGAUUACUUAUUUAUGAAGUCGUUCCAAACGAAUGACCAUCGACAUGUAUAAUGAAAAUAAUGAGUUUGUUGAUUGCGAUGUGAGCGUAGGGAAUUGUGCUUGAGUAAUUCGAACCAAACUGGAGCUCAAGAUGUAAGCUGACGAUCGCUUGGGAAGAAAACCAUACAACAUUCCAUUUUUUAACGGCUUUACCCACAGAUGACGGCUCUGCAUACAGAGAUUCGUCUCGAUAAUCUCAAAACUGUUGUUCUGAGGUUGGAGAGUUCGUUAAAGAAGCCUGUUCGAGAUGACAACGUGUUGCUGGCGCCACUCUGCGAGGGAAUAGAGGCGAUUUUUAGGCUCGGAUUGAAGAGUUCCGUGUUCGGUCUCAAGAAAUGGGAUUACUGGUGCUGGAUAGAGACGCUCAUCAACCACCUUCAAAAUGACAAGCAGAAGUUAGCCUACAUACACGUGGUUACAUUUGUUAAGUCUUGUAAAAAGCUAACCUCGUUCCAGGCUUAUGGCCGACAAUUCAUCCGCCUGGCUCUGAUGAAGAGGCUGCUUCUUUACACAGUACAAACUCUGACUGCCAAUUCAGCUAUUCUUAAGCACUGGUACAAUGAAACUGCGGUGUUGAGAGACAAAGUCCUGCGAGAAACUUUCAUGGAUAUCUUGAAAGGAAUAAACGAGCACGUGUUUGCCUUGGAUUUGAAGAAUUGCAGUUUUCUGGAUGAAACCUGGUUAAUUCCCGAAAUCAGACAUGUUGAUAUUGUACCGUGUAAAGAGCUUGGCUUAGUUGUGAGAACUGUAAAUGGAAGAGUGAUGGUGGCUUGUGUAAGGAAAAACAGCGCAGCGGAAGACGCUGGUAUCGCUUAUGGGGACACACUGGAUGAGUUGCUGGGGAUUUUUCUGUUUAAGUCGAAGGCUGGCCGUGUUGUAGAUUUACUGAGACGAAACACAGGAAGACCUGUAUCUUGUACUCUAGUAAAGGGUAAGCUACCCACUGGACAGUUUUUCCCGCCUGCUGCAGAGCGUAUGGCUGUAAUAACUGCUGACCCGUACAAGGAUGACGAAGAAAGUGAUUUGGAAAAAGCUCCCCAGCAGCUGGCAGGAUUUGAAGAGACUCCCGUGCACGCUUCGGACACGAUAGCUAUAUAUUCAGCCACCUACUACGGAAAACUGGACGUUGGUGAGGAUGGCGGUGUAGCAGUGAUAGAAGAUUCCAUUUUGGAAGUUUUGAAGCAAGCCAACAAACCCAGAGCUGUUUUGUUAAACCUCUCCGAGACGAACAUCGUUGUUACUGACCAAGAGACGUCGAAGGUUUUAAGUGUUCACUCAUUCACUGAAACAUCAUCCUGCGGUCGGCGAGCAGACAGAAAAGAAAUGAUAGCUUUUGUUUCAGGGGAAACAACAUGUACUUUGGCCAAGAGCUUUUACUGUUACGUGUUUGAAAUGGCAACUGAAAGGAUUGCUAAGGUCGUUUUGUAUAGUAUAGCUGAUGGCUUUUUACGUACAGUAUGGUUCGUGUAAAGAGUUGAACAGGACUUAAGACAGGAGGAAAUAUUUCAGACUUGCUCAAAAAUCAGAUCUCUGUGGGAGCUGUUUCUACGCAGAAUUCUUCCAGUGACCGAUCUGGCCAGUGGUAGUACAAGAAAAGUCACCGUGACGUUUCUAAUUUUACAUGUCUAAAACCUAGUAUUGCAUGAGGAUUGACUUAUUCAAUUCAACUAGAAGUAACACAGUAAAUGGUUUCAACCCAUAGAGUAUCAGUAGUUCGUAUAGUGUGAUCGUCCAGGUGAGGGUGGUUCUGAAAAGAACUGUUGUUGAUGACUGACGUUUCGACAACCUGAGUGAAAGUCGUCUUCGCGUGACUCUGAAGGUGACUUCCGCUCAAGUUGUUGGAACGUCAGUCACCAACCACAGUUCUUUUCAGAACUACCCUCACCCGGACGAUCACUCAAGACGAACUAUUAAUUAACUAGAAGUAUUUGUUGACCCUUUGUGAUGGCUUGACGGACUCAAAAUGUUGGGUCGAUAAAUUUAAUUCACUUGAGACGAAGAUAACCUGUGAGUACUUGCUUUGGCCAUGCGCGACUUUUACUGAAAAAUAACGAAGUCAGUCAGUGGUGAACAAGAUUCACAUUUAUUGUCAAGAUCAACUUUCAAAUUAUUUUUUGUGUUAUUACUUGAUCCCAUGACUAGUUUGAAUUUGUCAGAUAAAGGCAGUGAGAAUUUCUUAUUUCAUAACUGGUGUGGUAGGGUUUAAAAUCAAAGCAGGAGACCAGAGAUUCGGUAAUAAUUGUCCCCAGAUAAACUGUUGUAACGUUUAUAUUCACGUUUCUUUCAUUUUAUAAAAUGUAGUAACAAUGUAGGCUUAAAUCAUUGAUGUCAAUUACAAUUUUUGAAGACAACUUUCCUUUGUUAAAUGUCAGCUAGGAGUAUUUUGUUAAAUAUUAUAUGUUACUUUUAUAGAUGUUAUUAAAGUAUCUAUCACUGUAUUGUCAUAA